GGAUGGCAUGAGCAGCAGAAUAAAUAUAUAAACAAAAACCCCGAGAUUUGUCACACGAGUUCUCUAGACACAUUGCCACCCUCACAUAAACUGCACACAAAACAUAUAAAUAUGAGUACAUAUGGCUGGAUUGCAGACAGCCGGAUUCGACUGGUCUAGAAAAAAUAUUACUACACUAUGGUUGUGUGAUCGAGGUCAAAAUCGAAUUUUGUCUGCAUACAGAUUCUGUUCACGGUGUUAACAUUAUUUGUUGUUAAAUUUUGUUGCGGAAAUUAUGGACACGUCCGACUCGGAAAAGCAACGUACUGGAUCGGCGAAAUCUACAUUUAAAGCAUGGCAUGGAUAUACACAGUAUGGGGCACGCGUUCCGGAAAUAUUCCCGCUAGCCAAUAUAUCGAAAGAUACAGGUUUGCGUCAAGCGUGCACCUAUAAGAGUAUGGAGGAUUGGAGUGGUAAUGUAGAUAUGACACGGUCUUCGACAUUGUCCUUGUCUAGUACUAAUCAGAAUCUGCAUCCAUACACCAACGAUUGGGCACGGCCACACACGAGUGUGAACUCGCAAUUCCAGUCGUCAAACACAAUAUCGAAUCAAACCUACUCUUUGCGUAGUUCCAACAUACCGUCAGAUAUUGCACACGUAUCAAAAAGAAACCAUACUACGGUAUUGGAAACCGUAUCUGAUCGGUAUAGUUAUUUGUAUUCACCCAUCACGCCAAGCACGCACAACGUCGCUGUUUCGCCCGCAUAUAAAGAUCCAUCCGCGAGUACUAAGAAUAUGGCCAGCCAAACGAGUGUGGGUGUUACAGGAAAGGAUAGCACCCCUCGAACUAACAUUUUUAACUUUGAGAGUCUACAUUCGGUGGCCAACGGGUUAUACCAUAAUGACAGUUUGCAAAGCGAAAUACGGCCUGUCGGCAAUAAUUCGACUGCUACGUCCAAGACCGCACCUACUGCUACAAAUUCCUGGGAUAGCGGGCGAAGUGUAACAUUCGGUCCGGCUUCGUUCACCCCUCGUCAUACGGGAAAUUCGCAGUCUACGACCACACGACAAUCUUCAUAUACAUACACCGGCAAUCAACAAAGAAAAAUGCUGUACAAUGUGCCUAGUGCCGGACAAACAAUGUCUAACAACAAUUCGGGAUGGACAAAUUUAGGUCAUUCGUUGCCAUAUCAUGGUGGACAAUUUGAAAAGCCCAGUGCCGAUUACAACAAAGUUCCGCAGCCGCCAAGAACACUACGACAGAGCUUGCACGCUGAGGAAGGGAACUAUGCAGAUGAUACAAUUAGAUCAAGUACCCUUCAGCCGAUAUCCCAUAUGUCGGCGGCAAGUGGUGCGCAACGCUAUUCUGUACCGAAUCUGUACAAGGAAAACGGACUGCGUAACUGUCAAACAUCACAUGAUAUGCUUGAUGACCGGUUGGCUGAAAGAGGCUUUUCGUGCAGUGCGUUAGUUUCUAGAGAUGUUCAAACCUCGGUCUGUGAGCGCGGCUGCGAAGAUCAACUACAUCCAUUCGUCGACAUUUUCCAUCGCAUAGGACAUUCGAGUAAUACGUCGCGUGUUCACCUCAAGGAUCAGAACGACUUCCUUGUGAAGCUUAUAUUCGAUCAGCAGGGGAAUUUCAAGUAUCAUCUGUCGUGUUUGACGCGUAUAUUCAAGAUAUCACGUCGGCGAUUCAGGCGCGUUCAUAGCAAAUGUCUCAAAUCGGUCGAGGGACAACAAGAAGUUCAUGGAUUGAAGGGAAGGCCUUCCAACAACCGAAAAGCGGCCGAGACAAGACUACAGUUUGUGCAGUUCGUUAGGGAUAUGCGAGUCGUGAUAGGAAAUGAUCACAAGCUAUUUUAUCUCGCCGACAAUGUUUCGUCUAUUCAGGGCUGGUUUCCGUCCAGUUUGCGUAUGCGUUUUAACGAUAAUCAGUUGAAGAUGCUAGCCAAAUAUGAGAAGGAAAAGGCUGAAACUGAAGGUGAAAAUCGAAGCAACGAAGUAUCGAAUACGGGAGAAAGCUCGGACACACAGCGGCGGGGGGCUCAAGAGAGGGCUGGCCACGAAAGGCGCCCCUCGUUUCAAACCAUCAGUAAUAGCACCUGUCAGCGCUGGUUUAAGCGAUUUUUCAGCUCAGAUACGUUUAUAUACGCACAACACUGUCGACGAACAUCGAUGGAAAACGACCUAGAGGGUGGUGAGUGUGAACAAUAUAAAAAAUAGUACAAAGCAUCUUUGUAUUCAAUCGACA